CGCAAAUUUUUAUAACAAAUUGACAGUCUGAUUUUGUAGUGGUAAUAAAAAUGUCACUUGUGUUGUAUAAAGUGGACAGAAGUCCUCCGGUCAGAGCAGUUCUUAUGACAAUUGAGAUACUAGAACUUAAAUAUAAAUCUAUAGAAGUCAACACUCUGGCUGGAGAGCAUUUGAAACCGGAAUAUCUAGAAAAGAACCCUAUGCACACAGUGCCUUUGCUUGAAGACGGAAAAUUUUCUCUCGCUGAUAGUCAUGCCAUCAUCACGUACUUAGUAUCUAAAUAUGGAGCAGAUAAGCGAGAAGAUUUGUAUCCUAAUGACUUGGGCAUAAGAGCUACUAUAAACCAACGUUUGUAUUUCGAUGCAGGUGUAUUGUUCCCAAAAUUAAUGGCCAUCUCCAGACCAAUGUUCAGAAAAGAAACGACUGGACCGAGUCCACAGCAAGUUGAAGAAAUAGAAGAGACAUAUGGUAUAUUGGAGAGUUAUCUUAGGCAGUCUAAAUUCUUAGCUGGAAAACAUUUGAGUUUAGCCGACAUAUCUAUAGUGGCCACGAUAUCAACAUAUGAAAUAUUAAUUCCUAUAACUAAUAAAUAUCCACGAUUGUUGGAAUGGCUUAAUAUAUUGAAAAAUUGUGAUUUUUAUAAGAAAGCAAACGUACCAGGCUUGUUACAAAUAAAAGAAAUACUGGAGCAACUGAGUCAAGGUAUAUGA